UCCAGCCCGGGAUCUUGCUGCUGCCGCCGCCACCGGCCCUUCGCCUCCUCCUCUUCUGCACUGCACAGACCGGUCGCUGGGGCCCCUCCACUGCAAUAAAAUGUUUGACGGCUCCCUCCUGCCUCUCUUAUUUCCUUUCCUGCUGCUCUGGGGACUGGACCCCGCCACAGCCGGCGGCGCGGAGCUGGAAGUGGCCAUCCCGCAGCGAGUGGCGCUGGAGAAGAUCCACCUGCUGCAGCCGGCCGGGGCCGGGCACGGGCACGGGAGCAGCCCCCGGCGCCGGCGCUCGCCGCCCGAGGAGGAGGCCGUGCUGCUCCGCCUGCCGGCCUCCGGCCGCGAGCUCUACCUGCACCUCCGGCGGGACCUGCACUUCCUCGCGCGGGGCUUCGCGGUGGAGGAGCCGGGAGAGGCCCGGGCCCGCAGCCGCCCCCCGGCCGAGCAGCUCUGCUUCUACACGGGACACGUGCUGAACCGCAGCGACUCCUUCGCCUCCCUCAGCACCUGCGCCGGGCUGAUUGGCUAUAUCCAGAUUGGAACAGAACAGCUGUUAAUACAACCUGUAAAUAUCUCGGAGACCUCAUUCAGUGGAAGAGAGCAUUUCAUCAGGCACAAACGAUCCUCAAAAUCCACCUAUCCUGCUAAGGCCCAGGUCCCUGCCGAGCACUGCAAAGUCAUAUCGGAAAAGAAGAGACAAAAGAAGAUGAAACCAGUGAAUGACUGGAGAGAGCGAAGAAAUGCCAUCCGACUCACCAAUGAGUAUACAGUAGAAACCCUGGUAGUGGCUGAUGCUGAUAUGGUGCAAUACCAUGGUGCUGAGGCAGCCCAAAGGUUCAUCCUCACCGUUAUGAACAUGGUGUACAAUAUGUUUCAGCACCAGAGCCUUGGAAUUAAAGUCAGCAUUCGAGUGACCAAGCUAGUUCUCCUUCGAAACCGUCCUGCAAAACUGUCCAUUGGGCACCAUGGAGAGAGGUCUCUGGAGAGUUUCUGUCACUGGCAAAAUGAAGAGUAUGGUGGAGCAAAGUAUCUUGGCAAUAAUCAGGUUCCUGGUGCAAGAGAUGAUACCCCUCCUGUGGACGCUGCUGUCUUUGUUACCAGGACAGAUUUCUGCGUACACAAAGACGAACCUUGUGACACAGUGGGGAUCGCUUACCUGGGAGGUGUAUGCAGUGCCAAGAGGAAGUGUGUGCUUGCUGAAGACAAUGGUCUCAAUCUGGCAUUUACCAUAGCACAUGAACUUGGGCACAACAUGGGGAUGAGCCAUGACGAUGAUCAUUCUUCCUGCGCAGGAAGAUCUCACAUAAUGUCUGGAGAAUGGGUGAAGGGCAGGAACCCCAGUGACCUUUCUUGGUCUUCCUGCAGCCGUGACGACCUUGAAAACUUCCUAAAGUCCAAGGUGAGCACCUGUUUGCUGGUAACAGACCCCCGAAGCCAAUAUGCCGUGCGGCUUCCUCACAAGCUGCCAGGGAUGCACUACAGCGCUGAUGAACAGUGCCAGAUCCUAUUCGGGACCAAUGCCACUUUCUGUAAGAAUAUGGAGCAUUUGAUGUGUGCUGGGCUGUGGUGCUUGGUGGAAGGAGACACGUCUUGUAAAACCAAGCUGGAUCCCCCUCUGGAUGGCACAGAAUGUGGCGCAGACAAGUGGUGCCGAGCUGGGGAAUGCGUCAGCAAAACUCCCAUUCCUGAGCACGUCGAUGGAGACUGGAGCAUGUGGAGUCAAUGGAGCAUGUGCAGCCGGACAUGUGGCACCGGUGCCCGAUUCAGACAGCGGAAAUGCGACAAUCCUCCCCCUGGGCCGGGAGGCAAGAACUGCCGGGGAGCCAGUGUGGAACACACAGUGUGUGAAAAUUUACCCUGCCCUAAAGGAGCGCCUAGCUUCAGGGACCAGCAAUGCCAGUCUCAUGACAGAUAUACCAACAAGAAGAAAAGCCUCUUGACAGCUGUCAUCAUUGAUGAUAAGCCGUGUGAACUCUUCUGCUCUCCUCUGGGGAAGGAGUCCCCUGCGUUGGUGGCAGACAGGGUUCUUGAUGGUACUCCAUGUGGGCCUUAUGAGACUGACCUCUGCGUACAUGGCAAGUGCCAGAAAAUCGGCUGCGAUGGGAUCAUUGGCUCAGCUGCCAAAGAGGAUCGUUGUGGAAUCUGCAAUGGAGAUGGCAAAACCUGUAAAGUGGUGAAAGGAGACUUCAACCACACCAAGGGGAUGGGUUAUAUUGAAGCAGCUGUGAUCCCUGCGGGUGCUCGACGGAUCCGAGUGGUGGAGGAUAAACCUGCCCACAGUUUUCUGGCUUUAAAAGAUUCCAGUAAGAGAUCCAUUAACAGCGACUGGAAAAUUGAGCUUCCUGGUGAGUUUCAGAUCGCAGGCACUACUGUCCGGUACGUGCGAAGGGGUCUAUGGGAGAAAAUGUCUGCCAAAGGACCAACUAAAAUACCACUGCACUUGAUGGUGCUGUUAUUUCACGACCAGAAUUAUGGAAUUCAUUACGAAUACACCAUUCCUGUCAACUAUACCGCCGAAAACAGAAGCGAGCCAGAAAAACAACAGGAUUCUUUGUACAUCUGGACACACAGCGGAUGGGAAGGAUGCAGUGUGCAGUGUGGAGGAGGUGAACGUAAAACCAUUGUGUCCUGUACUAGGAUCGUUAACAAGACCAUGAUGCUGGUGAAUGACAGUGACUGCCAGCGUGUGAUGCGCCCUGAACCCCAAGUCAGGAGAUGUAACACACACCCCUGCCAGUCACGGUGGGUGACAGGCCAUUGGAGUUCUUGCUCUGCGACCUGCGAGAAAGGCAUCCAGUACCGGGAAGUGACUUGUGUUUAUCAGUUGCAGAAUGGCACCUAUGUUAACACCAGAGACCUCUACUGCCUGGGCCACAAACCCACACCAAUACAAAGCUGUGAAGGCCAGGACUGCCUUUCUAUCUGGGAGGCUUCAGAAUGGUCAAAGUGCUCAGCAGAUUGCGGGAGGGGAAUCCAGAAGAGAACAGUAAUGUGCACGAAUUCUCAAGGGAAAUGCGAUGCAGCCACCAGGCCAAGGGACGAGGAAGAGUGUGAGGAUCACACAGGCUGUUAUGAGUGGAAAACAGGGGAUUGGUCUAAGUGCUCCUCAACCUGCGGGAAGGGCCUCCAGUCACGUGUGGUGCAGUGUAUGCACAAAGUCACCGGCCGCCAUGGCAACGAGUGCCCUGUCCUAUCCAAGCCAGCAGCCUACAGGCAGUGUCACCAAGAGGUCUGCAAUGAGAAGAUAAAUGUCAACACAAUUACCUCGCCCAGACUCGCUGCUCUCACAUAUAAGUGUACAGGGGACCAGUGGACAGUGUACUGCAGGGUGAUCCGUGAGAAGAACCUGUGCCAGGACAUGAGAUGGUAUCAACGCUGCUGCCAGACAUGCAGAGACUUUUACGCAAACAAGAUGCAGCAGAAGAGUUAAUGAAUUGGUGCUGCUGCUUAGGGUAUUACAGCUAUUUCUAUGUAAAUCACGAACUAGUAGCUCUGAGUACUGGAACUUAAUGAGUUGCUACGAUGUGGUGGAUUCCAAAGCAUACCUAAUAAGACUUGAAACUAAUUCUGCAGACUGGAUGUACCAAAGUAAUCCACUCAUCCACCUUAAAAAAGAGUCAUCUCAAGGAGCCAAUCACGUAGAAUUUUAUUGUGUUUUGACAUCAUUACAUUUUUCAUUAAUGCUUUUUACUUUAAUAUAUUAUUACCAGCCACUGGAUGGCUUGCUACCAUUUAAAAAAAAACAAAAGACAAGAGUUGCAACGUGAUUAAAUUGACUAAAGUCAUGUGUACCUCAGUGGGAGAAAGCCUCUGGCAAAUAACUCAGCAAACGUGCAGACAUUACUUAAUGCUUCAACCUUGGCUUCCAUCUGAUGCUCUUAAUUCCCAACAGUUAGCAUGCUGUGGGGUGGGCUUGGAGGGACACACACAAAUGAAAUGCUUAAUUUAAAAGGGGGAUUUGCUAUAAAAGCUUGUGAAAACGGAUAGCAGAGGAUGGAUGUCUCUGAAAUUUCUGCAGAAAGCUCAGCACAGUUUUAUCCAACAUUCCAUUUAAUGUAAUUUAAAAAAAAAACUAAUUGGGAAUUCCUUCUCCUGUCUGGUUCUGAAAACAUUUCCCCCUCUCUCUAUUUAAAAAAACAUGUUUUCUUUUAUGAUGCCUUAUUCUCCUCAACGAGUUUAAAGAAAUGGAAGCUAAUUAACCCAGGAGCAGACAGUUAAUUUUAAGCCAGAACCACUUGCAUGAGAUGGAAGUAGCUGGAAAUCAUUUAAAUAUAUACCGUUUGUUGGGGAGGGGUUGUUUAACCUCCUCUUUCCAAUUUUUGGAAUUCAAUCUGAUAAUGAGACAGAAUGCUAUUUCUUAAGGGUAUUGUGAAACCAACUAGGGUUGGCACAUACCCGAAACAGAGACCAGAACAGCAUUUGCAGGAAGGGUAACUUAAAGACCAAGCAGAUCUUCCCCUCUCUAGGGGCUGGUCUACACUGGGAGGGGGGGUCGAUCUAA